AUAAUAUAUACACUAUGGAAGCAAUCCAUAUCUUUUAAGUUCUCAUCCGCCCAUGAGAAUGUAUAGAGCAGCUCAUAUUUUGAUGGUAUCAUGUGGUAAUGCUCCAUCAUGUUUUAAAUCGAUUACACAGUGAAUGUUGAACUGAAGCUUGACUUAUUUUUUUUUCCCCCAUCUCAAAUCGCAAUAUCUGUCAGAAAAAAAAAAUCGCGAUUAGAUAUUUCCCCCAAAUCGUUCAGCCCGACCGCUUGCACGCGUCGGACGCGAACGCGCGCACGUGGGGAACGCUACGGCUGAAGAAAAGAGCCUCGGCUCAGUACGCGACGCGCAAACGUCGCACGGGCACAGUGAUCACUCUCCUCUUCGUGGCAACUUCCACUCACUAGCAGCAACAGCGCAGACAGAGAGAGAGUGAAGAGAGGAGGAUGCAUGCUGUAGGAGGUAGAGUUUUUGUUCCUCUGUCCUUUCUCGGAUUGUUCCCCCCCCCCACUCUCCUUUCUCGUGCGCCUCUGCUAGAGACUUUACGGUGCGACCGCGAAAACUCCCCAGACCUUUGUCACCUCUCACGUCUCGAGCCAGAGACAUGCCCCCCCCUCCCCUCCCCUCUCCCGCACGCCCCUCGACAGUGAUUAAACAUUGAUUGUGUGUAUGAUUGCCUGCAGACGACUAAACAAUCAGGGAGAGGUCUCCGCAGCACAUUUCCAACCGCAUCCUCACCAGCACCCCCUCGGCUCAAGGAUCAUCUCGCCGCGUUCCCCCCAUCCACUCCGCGCUCUCUCCUCCCCCACCCGCGAGCCCCUCGCACAAAACUCCCCUCUCCGAUUUGUUUUAGCGGUAAUUAGGGUGCCACGGUGUGUGUGGCGGCGGGGGGAGGAGGGAGCGAGGAAGGGACAAUGCCGCCGCCCGAGCCGCGGGGCUUCGGAUGAGACCGGCCAAAGAUUAAACGCCACGAUGCAGGACAGUGGGGUCGAGACUGCAAGCAAUGUGCUCUCAAGUCCAGUGGGAGCCAACGGAGGGGCCAGCGGGCAGCCAGACUCCGUGUGCAAGAGCCGGAUAAACGGGGAAGCGGCGUCCGCCCUUGAUCUCACCGCAGCCGAACUACUGCACCUGCAGCAACAACAGAGAGCUAAAGAGCAGUGGCCCGGUGGUUACCACACUGCCCGCAAAUCCAGUCCAUGGAGGGUGAUUAUUGGCCACACCUAAAUUCAGUGGUUCUUCAUGCUGCAGCAAGACAGUACCUCAUGCAGCAGCAGCAACAGCAGCACCAGCAGCACCAGCAUCAGCAGCACCAGCAUCAGCAGCAUCAAGGAGGCGGUGUGAAGUCUCCAAAAUCAGACAAGCAGCCAUCGUUGCAGGUGCCCGUGUCAAUGGCCAUGAUGACGCCGCAAGUGAUCACCCCACAGCAGAUGCAGCAGCUGCUCCAGCAGCAGGUGCUGUCUCCGCAGCAGCUGCAAGCGCUCCUCCAGCAGCAGCAGAAUGUCAUGAUACAGCAGCAACUACAGGAGUUUUACAAGAAGCAACAGGAACAGCUACACCUGCAGCUUCUACAACAACAGCAGCAGCAGCAACAACAGCAACAGCAGCAGCAACAGCAGCACUCAAAUAAGCAACCCAAAGAGCACCAGCAGCAGCAGCCGCAGCCGGCUCAGCAUCAGCUAGCGGCGCAGCAGCUGGCUUUCCAGCAGCAGCUGCUACAGAUGCAGCAGCUGCAGCAGCAGCACCUGCUGAACCUGCAGCGGCAAGGCCUCAUGCAGCAGAGCCUUCCCCGGCCUGGGCUUCAGCAAGGCCUCAUCCCCGCGGAGCUCCAGCAGCUGUGGAAGGAGGCGGCGAUGGCGUCGCACAGCUCCGAGGAACCACCCCCGCACCUGCCGGCGGCCAAGAACGGAGGCCUCGACCUCUCGCUGGGAGGGUCCAUCGGCUCAGUGACCUCCUCCGGCUCCUCCAUGUCGUCAUCCACCGUCUCCAAGACAUCCCCCAGCCUGCCCUUCCCGUCGCUCACCAACGGGCAGGCGGGCCCGAUGAGCCACUCUCAGCGGCGGGAGAGCAGCACGCAGGACGAUCUGGGAAGCGGCAGCGGAGGCAGCAUCAGCAGCAGCCACGCGCUCUUCGGGCACGGCGUGUGCAAGUGGCCGGGCUGCGAGGCGGUCUGCGAAGAGUACGGACAGUUUUUGAAGCACCUCAACAACGAGCACGCUCUGGACGAUCGGAGCACGGCCCAGUGCCGGGUGCAGAUGCAAGUGGUGCAGCAGUUGGAGAUACAGCUGGAGAAGGAGCGGGAGAGGCUGCAGGCUAUGAUGGCCCACCUCCACAUGCGCCCCUCAGAACCCAGGACUCCCCUGCAGCCUCUGAACCUGGUGUCGAGCGCCACUCUGGCCAAGAGCACCCCCGAGUCUCCGUCCCAGGGCAUGCUGCCUCACCCGGCCAGCACCCCGACCGCCACGUCCGUCAUCACGGCGCUCCCGCCGGGCCCCCCCGUGCUGCACGCGCCCGGCCUGCACGCCAUGGGCCCCAUUCGCCGGCGCCACUCGGACAAGUACAACCUGCCCGUGUCAUCAGCCACGCUGCAUGUGAUUGUCGCAACAGAGCUCGCACAGAACCAGGAGUUCUACCAGAAUGCCGAGGUCCGGCCGCCCUUCACGUACGCGUCCCUAAUCAGGCAGGCCAUCGUAGAAUCUCCGGACAAGCAGCUCACCCUCAAUGAGAUCUACAACUGGUUCACCCGGAGAUUUGCGUACUUCCGGCACAACGCCGCCACGUGGAAGAACGCCGUGCGCCACAACCUGAGCCUGCACAAGUGCUUCGUGCGAGUGGAGAACGUGAAGGGCGCCGUGUGGACCGUGGACGAGAUGGAGUUUCAGAAGCGACGGCCGCAGAAAAUGACCGGGAGCCCUUCACUCGUGAAAUCUAUGCAGACCGGACUGGGAUAUGGAGCUGCGUUAAAUGCCAGUUUGCAGGCCUCCCAAUGCUGUGUCAGUCAUGGGGUUGUUGGACCAUACUUCACCAUGCUGGCGGCGCUGGCGGAGACGAACCUGCCCCUGCUGGGCGGGCUGGGGAACCCGGUGACGGCGGCGGCGGCGCUCAUGGCGAGCCACGAGGAGCUCAACGGCCUCCUGGAGCACGCGAGCAGCAACGGCAGCGGCAGCAGCGCCGGCCACUCGCCCCCACACGCGCUUCUCAAUUGGACAGAGGUGGAGUCUCCCCAACCACGGGGACCUUGGGCUCCUAUGAGCCAUGCGCCUGCACACAGACAUCCCUUCCACGUGAAGGAGGAGCCGCUGGAGACGGACGACAACAACGUCCCCAUUUCCCUGAUGGCGUCGGCCCCGCACAGCCCCGAGCUGGAGGAUGACAAGGACACGGAGGAGGAGCCGCUGAUGAACGACGAGCUGGAGUGAGAGGGGGGCCGCCGGCGCCGACUCGCCGACGGCGCGGGGGCACGCGUCCGCGUUCGCCGGCUCGGAGGAGGACGGACGGGCGGAAGGGCGGCGCGUCGCCCGUGCGUUCUCGCCCCCCCUCCCCCCUUCCCCAGCGAAGCGAUCCUCAAACGGCCGACCACCACCACCUCCACCGCCACCCACGGCGCUUACUACGCAAGGUGGCGGCGGCGAUUGCUUUUCUGGACCGAGAAGUCAGAAUACGUGACGCGUGAAAACAAGUGACAAACUGCUGUGAGCAGCGUACGCACCCUGCACGCCGAUGAUGUCUUUUGUAAAGGAUCGGAUGGUCCCUCGUGAACAUUGUGAGCUGGUUUGGCAUCACCGUGGACACAACGGCGGUGGUGCAACAACGGCGGCGGCGGCGUGAAGAGCAUCUUCUUCUCGGUCGAUGCUGCAUUCAAAACCCCACGAGACUGUGAAAUCUUCCAUUGUGCUUUGCGCCCCUGUGGACGGGAAGCCAGCAUCGAAGACAAACGCACGGACGGAGCGGGCGUUUAACCCAACCUGAGGAGGGUUUUAAUCAAAAACGACAUUUGCCAGUAUUAACUCGACGUGAAGUGUACAUUCUGCGGCCGUCUUGUUUACGGUCCAACGGCACCCGGCGUCAUCUCCUCGUUUUAAACAGCGGCUGUAGCACUUACCGGAGCGCAACUCUCCUUCGCGGCGUUGUUGGAAGCCGCACCGGCUGGGGGCCAAGCUGCCGGGCGGUUAAACCGUGCCGCCAAUUUUACACGGAACUGGUCACGCUGAAGUUGCUCUCGAAAAGUUGACAACGACUCACGACACACGCGUGGUGCGCGCAUUGACAAAACGUGCAGUUGUAGAGUACGGUUAUUAACGUUAUUUGCCGUUUUUACUUUUGCAUUUUCUUUACAAAAAAAAAACACACACUUUCGAAAAAACUAAAAAUUAAUUGUCGUGUAUAAAUGUAUUAACGUGCCAAGUUUUGCGUUGGGGUAGGUGCAUUGCCCAGCUGGAGAAGUGUUGACAUCCUGGCUCUGGCUUGGUGUGUGUGCGGCACGCUGCCAGUGAAACGUGUGGCUUCACAAUACACAGAGGAGCCACUCAAAUGAAUAUGAGGAGUGGUAGUGGUGACUGGGCAACUCAACUGUAAUGCUACGCCGAAAAAGCCCUCUGCACAAGCUGCGGUGUGUAGUCUGUCUGCAUAAUCCGAUCUCUUAAGUACCUCUUUACCUCUGUUCACCUCCGAUGUUAGAAAAAUACAAAAGUCCUCAUUUCUUUUGUUACCGGUGCAAACCAAAGGUUUACCGCGGCGUUCCAAAAUGCUCAAAAAACAAAAUGCUUUAUCUUACACCGUCUACCUGCCCUGUGAGUGGCACGUCUACCAAAUUGCUUCACGGACGUCUCUGUAGGAUUGCAGAGAGAGAGGGGGAGUGAGGGGGGGGGGGGGGGGCCCUUGGCGACCUUUGACACUGACCCCGCCACGACAAGACACGACAGAGAAACACAAGGAUUGGCGUCCAGCGACCGCGCGUUUGUGGAUGUGCUCUCCGGAGUAUGUCGCCCGCUUCUGGGACGGACGGCGCUUAGAAGAGCAAAACGAAACAAACAAACGAGACUCGGUGCUGUGGGGAUUUACCGCGCUGUGGCAAACGUCGCGUUAGAAAUGGCGAAAGCGCCCAACGAUCCCUCAAUCGUGUUUCUCUCUCGCCGCCUGUGCACUGCCAUCGUCUUCGUCUCCUUGCUCACCGUACAAGAGGGAUUUGAAAACUUGUGUUUUUUUUGUUUCUGUUAAAAAAUAUCGCAAGGUGUGAGGAAUUUCACGGAGCAAGGUGGCAUGAUCAUAAAGGAGAGAGAGAGAGAGAUGAAUUGGCAAUGCUAAAAUAAUUUCUUGGUUUUUUUUUUAGCUAAGUUUGAACCCAAUGGGAAAGGAGAUAGAGUUAAGUGGAGGAUGGUCUUAUUAAAUAAUAAUAUAAAUACAGGUAUACAUUUUGUCACUGGUAUGUCAAAUUAAAGCACUUGUGUUACACUCAACAGACCUCUACAGUUACUUGCUACUAAUAAAAUCGCUACCUGAUUACCAAUGCUUCCUAGAGACCAAAAAAUGUAACCCAACUACAAUCCCUCUAAUUUUCAACAGACCUCAAGUACACUCUUUUCACUCUGUGUCAUGAUGUUACCAGGUGUUGUCGCUUGCUCAUGUCUGUGCACGUGUGGUGUUUAUGACGGUUGGAUUGGAUUCGUGGUGAUGGUGAGAGCUUAGAGCUUGCUUCCCUUUAGUCUAAAUGUCAAUCACCGAUCGAAACGCGCAUUUCAAUAUAUUUAAACAACUAACGACGACAUUUAACAAUAUUCAAGCCGUAUCUCUUGAAUUACAAAACAAAAAAAAUAACAACAGUAUUUAACUCCAGAAUUCUGGACACGUGAUUUGUUUUCAAAAGUAUGUUUUGUAUUUUUUUUUAAAUAUAUACGUUCACUGUUAAAUUAAAUAUUUAAUGGUAAAUAUUAACGCCCCCUUUUGUGAUGGUUGACCUUAAAUUAAAAAGUUUCAGUAAAGUUGUUUUUGCUUAAGUCGAUAUAUGUUUGAGUUAACACUGCGCACCCCUAUUUAAAUGGCCUUGACUGUGGAAGUCAGUCGCUGAUAAUUUAUAAGAUGUUGUCUUUUGAAUACACUCAUGUUGAAAAUGCUUUCCACAGGCAGUAUAGGACCCACAUGCUUGGAAAUUUGGCUUUGAUUCACCUUCGGUCAUUUGUGCUGUUUGCCCGUAUUUUAAAGGCACACCAUUUGCUGUUAUCCAUAUUUAUUUUCUCGCUCUUUUUUGCCAAGUGUAAUCUCUGAGAUUGCCAAAGAUGGUUCGGAUAUACAGUACCUUCUUUAAGUAACAACCAAAUAGCAAGACGCGGGCCCCUUUUAAGGAGGUGGCAAAGAAACUAUUCUGUUGACCAAAAUGCAUUGCAUCCAAAAGGCAAGCAUUUCCUUCACGUCAGGCGAAGUGUAAUGAACCAAAGUUUUCUCUCUGCGACCGUCGCUAAGCAAGCGGUAAAUGUUGACACUUAGCACCCCAACCACCCACCCACCCACCAUCCCUUCCUCAUACUGCCGCGCUCACUUCUCUGCUAUGAAAUCUCCGCGCACGAAGCACGCCGCCAGAUUCGUUUUCUGUUCCAAUUCACGAGCGCGUUGCGUCGACCCCAUCCAUAGCCGCGACCCCAUCCAUAGCCGCGACCUCCUUUUUAGGCCCCCGGUCGAAGGCGACAAACGGACAUGAGGAGCAAAAACAAACAUACGUUGAGUUCUUGAAGCGAGAGACGUUGUCGGAACCGAGAAAUAUACCUUUUAAAACGAACAAAAAACAUCGAGCGUGACACUAAGAUGUACGCGUCGAUAUAUCCGUGGCGGACGCGUGAUGUUGACGGUUUAACAUUUAAUUUUGAGGAAACCGUUUUUGAAACAAAAAAAAUGUUCGUCUGAUAUCCAUGCAUGAUGUAACAUUGUGUGAUUGUUGUGGAUUUAAAAUCGGGUUUAACGCUUUCGCCGUAAGCGGAAAACCGUGAAGAUGUUUAUGACGUGGGGAAGAAGAAGAAGAAUUACAAAUAAGUUCAUGCAUUUACUGAUCCCCCAAGCUCCCCGUACACUCAGCACUAAAUGAGCAAAGCUUUACAAAGGAUAAUACCCACUCUAGAGCAUAGAGUGGCUUGUCACAGUUACAGUAUUUGGGAAAUUUUACGACUGACAAAUUCUGAAGUGAAUAACGUAGUGUGGUGAUAUUAACUCAAAUGCGACCCUGUAUCUUUAAACAAACAACACACACACAGGUGUUCUGUUAGCGAGUAGGCGAUAGCUUAAAGCUCGAAUAUACGUAGCAUAUUAUUGUAAAUAAGGUUAAUGUGUAAUUAUGACAACAUAACACACAAGCGUGACAUCUUUAGAAUGCAUACCUCAACUAGAUUAAACCUCUUUGAAAUAAAGUACAGUUUGCACUUAGCUGUAAAAAAAAAAUUGCAUGAUUUUAGCAGAUACACGUUAGUUUGUAUAUUGUUAGCCUUUGCAGUGGAUGUUUGAAAACAGUGAACACUUCACUUGUGUGUUGGUGAUCUUAACGAUGUGGCGUUUUGCUCAAAGCAAAAACUGUUUUCUGCUUCUUCUUCUUCUUUACAAAGAAUUCCUUUGUAGUCUAUAUAAUUUUGUUUUUAUUUCAUCGCAAGAAGUAAAUGUAAUAUCCCUCUUACCAAACUGUUAACGACAUGGUAUUGAGAUUAUACUGAAAUACAUGGAAAAGAUGUGUUUUGAUGUACUAUUAUCGUUCCCGUUGGAAUUGUUUUCCACUUUCGUUUUAAUUAUUUCUUGUUGUUAUCAUUGCAUAGUUCGUUUUUGUUUCGUUUGUUUUUUUUACAAACUUGCUUCUUCUGUAUACUGUAGUAGAAUUGACUUAGUAAAAAGAAAUGGCUUGGUAUUUGUGACAAUGCUUUGUAUUUAACUGUCAUGCUCGUAGCUGGAGAAAAAGCCCUGAAUGCAUCAUAUGUACUUUAGCUUAACAUGAAAUCAGCUGUACCAUUUUACAUUUGCUUUGAACUGAAUAACACAUUGAGAGCUCUUAGUUAUUAGUGCUUGGGCACCCUUUGUUUUUUACAUGUGAUGGUGUAUCACGUGGAGGAUGUUCGAAGGCUCCACUCCCACACCAUUGGCGUAGUGAUACACCACGUGAUCCGAGCUUGCGGAGAGAUGAGUCUAUCUAUUCCGAUGUUUUUUUUUACUUUGACGGUUUAUUUUCUGUGACUUAAUAAAAAUUCAAGAUUGGACCAAAACGCCAAACGGAGUAUCUGAUACAGGAACGUGUAAUUUUAUGAUUUUUAUUCGUUAAACUUACCUUUUUAAGUGCCAAGGAUUAAAAAAAAUGAUAAAGUAAAAAAAAAUAAAGUGGUUGAACUUG